AUGGCGGUGCUUAAUUGGGAAAGUCUGCCCUUCGCGCAUCUUGGGCCUUCUGCAACCGCCGCAAUUGUUUUCGGGGUAAUUAUUUCAACUUAUCUCAUUGCCGUAGCGAUAUACAGACUGUACUUCCAUCCCCUCGCAAAGUAUCCAGGCCCGCUAUUAGCAAGACUUACACCAAUCCCUAUAACAUGGAGUCUCCUCCGCGGUCGAAUUCCGUUCUUCAUGAAAGCCUGCCAUGACAAAUACGGCCCGGUCGUGCGCGUCUCCCCAAAUGAGCUUUGUUUCGACGAUGAAUCGGCAUGGAAAGAUAUCUACGGCUCUCGGCCAGGCCAUAAGAACUUCCAUAAAGAUCCAAUUCACGUUGGAUCAAUUCAAGCCGUCCACGGAGCGUCUACAAUUACCAUGGCGAAUGAUGCGGAUCAUGCCCGCCAACGAAGAGCUUUAUCUCAUGCUUUUUCAACAAAGGCAUUGCUGGAGCAGGAAUAUAUCGUCAACAACUAUGUUAAUAUAUUUUCUCAAAAGAUGCAAGAGUUUGCUGAAGGAGAUGGAAUCGUGGAUGUCACAGAAUGGUUUGCUUACACGACUUUUGAUGUUAUUGGAGAUAUGGCAUUGGGAGAACCUUUCGGAUGUCUGCACAACGAGGACUUUCGGUUCUGGGUUCCACUGAUUAGCGACUCUAUCAAAGCAGGAGCUAUCGAGCAAGCCACUCGGCGCAUGGCAGCAACCGGCAGCCCUCUUCAGCGCUUCUUUCUAUGGUGCAUUCCUAAAAGUAUUCGCGGAACUCGAAGGAAUCAUCUCGAUUACAGUCGCGAAAAGAUCUUAAAGCGCAUGGAGCAGACUCAGAGCGACCAUCGCGACUUCCUCUACUACGUAAUGAAGCAGCAAGACAAGGGUGAUCUCAACUUGAACGAAGUCAUUGUGAACGGUGCGCUCUUUAUCAUUGCAGGAACCGAGACCACUGCAGGAUUCCUCACUGGUUUGUUCAACUUGAUCACCCGAACCGACAAUAAGCACAUUUUAGACAAGCUUACUCAAGAGAUCCGGUCCAAAUUCAAAUCAGACGCCGAUCUGAACUUCGAGGAGCUUGCAAAACUUCCCUACCUAACGGCCGUCAUUGAGGAAGGCCUGCGCAUGUUCCCCUCUGCACCAAUCGGCUUUGUUCGCACUGUCCCCAUCGGUGGCGACACUGUCAGCGGACAUUUCGUUCCCGAGGGGACCACCGUCUCCGUAUGCAUGUGGGCCGCUACCCACUCCAAACGCAACUUCAAAGAUCCCUACAUCUUUCGUCCAGAGCGAUGGAUGGAUCGUGAGAACACGGUUGACAAACUCGGGGCCAGCAAUCCGUUCUCGCUAGGUCCUCGAGGAUGUAUUGGCAGGAACUUGUCAUACAUGGAGAUGAGGUUGAUCAUUGGGAAGCUGCUAUGGCAUAAUGAUGUUGAGAUGUAUGGCAUGAAUGACGUCUGGGAUCCGAAGGAUGAUUAUAGGAAUAUGGUGGUUUAUAAUAAUUGGAUUAAGCCUAGCUUGAAGUUGAGGUUGAAGCCGAGGAAGGACUAG